AUGGUCGUUCAGCUUACUGCUUGCUUAUCUUUUGCUGACUACUUUUCAUCAAUUCCAACCACUCUUGAUUUGUAUUUAUCAGGAAAAAUGAAUUUGCAAAGAUAUGGUAUUGCUCUAGGAAGUGAAGGAGAAAAAAAAUCUAUGUUUUCAGACUUGGACCAGGCAUUGAUUCGGUUGAGCUCAGGGAUUAGGGUCAAUGCAGCACCAAGGAGGAAUGAUGACGACGAUGACGACAGUAGUGAUGAUAGCAGUAGUAGUGAGAGUGACUACUACUACACCACCUCUGAUGAAGAUUUGGAUGAUGAUGAUGAUGGUAGUGACUUAGAGAAUCCAGAUCAUGAUGGUGAUGAGUCAAUUGACAACAUAACAACAAACAACGAGCAUUAUGGGAAUGGUGGUGAUUACAGUGGCAACCUUGAGGAGGAGGAGGAGGCUAUAAAUGAUAUUGGUGAUGAUAGAGAGGGGAACGCAAAUAAUGAAGGGGGCAAUGAGAACAGCAACAACAAUAAUACUAGUUAA